UACAUGCAGUAGGAACACAGAACAGAUGAAGAUCUGCAAGUACCAGGGGUUAACAGUGGUUAGUUCUCAACUCUGAGCUCAGGAGGUGAGAUCCUCACAAAAGCUUCACUCUCACUCUGCUUCCCCCAGACCAGCAUGAAUCUGAGCUCCUUCAACAGCCCUUCCACAGCAGGGAACCCCCUCAGGCUGAGAAGGCUGUAAGUUCUUGCUAUAGGGAGGAAGCCGCCCACAGCCAAGGAUGGGGGCUUAUCUGGAAAAAGGGCAGCAAGACAGAUUCAUCAAAACCAGCAGUGAGCUCAGUCUGGCAGCAUGCCUGCAGCCGGCCAGAAAAUCCGAGCAGUUUCGUUUUCCCAAAAACAAGUAACCCAACCACUAGAAGAAUUGAGCCAAUUCGCUGUGACCACUGCUAGCCAAACCCAUGCUAGACCCGGGGCUGCUCCUCUGAACCUCACAGACAGGCGACCAGUCCACAAAUGAAACACCACCUGGCCACAGACCAGAAGAUUCUGGGCCGGAGGCUGAGUUCGGGAAGGAAAGGGAGACUUACAUUCCUGCCUGUUUCUAAAUUCUGCUUUCCCAGCCGGCCAGGGAACAGCGAUCAAAAGUCUUUUCUCACAAAAUGAAAGUGGUGAGUGAGAGCCACAGAGCUGCGACCUUCAAGGGAGCCAGGGACAGAAGGGUGGCCCGGUGCCAGAGGAAAGGGCCUGGAGAAGAGCUUAUCUCCUUUCGAACAAGUUUUAUGCUGUCUUGUGUAAUUCGUAUGAAUAGAUUCCAUAAAUUAGUUGGUAAAUAGGUACACUUGGGCCGGUGACAGAACACUGGGAUAUAGGAAGAGCUAGGAGGAAGGAGGAAGAAAGAAGUGGGGAGAAAGCAGAUACCAAAAGAAACUAAAAACACCAAGAACAAUCCGAACGCCCAAUAUGGCUAAGGUUCAGAAUUAUUAAAGUUUAGUUUAUUAAGCACAUAUGAGUUUCAAGCUUCCCGGUAUUUAGAAGGCUUCCUAUUGGUCUCUGCCCGCGGGCGGGAGAGGGUGGGUGGAGAGUCAGGCAGUGAAAAGGAAAGGCGGGAAUUCCACGCCACCUCCGCGCGCUCUGCGCUCUGGGAUCCGGAGCGACCAGGACCUGGUGAGACCCUCAGCUCCCCUCCACCUUCCCCGAGGUCCAGCACACCAGAACUGGAACCUGAGCAGCCCAGAAGCCAGGGUGGCACCACUGUGUCUCUCCUGUCUGAAGACCCGGAUAUUUUCUCAGACUUGGCGACACGUUCCUUUAAAAGAUCAGCAUGGAGACAUAUCUCUCCUUAGUGGUGAAACGGUCUUACCCAGAUUUGAUCAUCUAUGCAGGAGAAGUGACUCUGGGAGAAAAAGUUCGAAAUAAAAAGGACUCAAAGAAAAGAAAGCUGGAGAAGACAAGAAUUACACAGGCUGCAUGUGCUCUGUUAAACUCUGGAGGAGGAGUGAUUGUUAUACAAAUGGCCAACCAGAGUGAGCAACCUGAGAGGAUGGGACAGGACUUGGAAACAUCUUUGAGAAACCUUAUUCCAUCCCUUGAUUUGCAGGCUUUCUUUGAGACCAAGCAACAGGAGGAUAAGUUUUACAUUUUUGUUAAGUCUUGGAGCUCCAGCCCUGAAGAUGAUUCCACUAAGCCUCGAAUUUGCAGCCUGGGCACUUCCCUGUACUGUCGAUCUCUCACUUCUAAGGUUGCCAUGGAUUCAAGAGAUGCAUUUUACUUUCUGAAAAAAAAGAAGGCAUAUAUCAAAUGCAGUCCGACUGAUGACAGAGCUCCACCUGCUAAAAUUCCCAGAACCAUGAGUCAGAAAAGCCUUGAAUCAAAUCCAGCUUUUGAAAUUUUCCAAAGUAAGAAACUUGAAUAUGGCCAACGCUUGCUUUUUUCUGAAUCCACAUCUAUAGAGUUUAAACAAUUCGAUACCGAAAAUGCCCAAAAAUAUAUGAAAGACAUAAUUCCAGAGUACAUCUCCGCGUUUGCAAACACCCAGGGAGGCUAUCUUUUCAUUGGAGUGGAUGAUAAGAGUAUCAUCCUGGGAUGCCCAAAAGACAACGUUGACCCUGACUCUUUGAAAAUUGUGGCAAAUGAAGCAAUAUCCAAGUUGCCAGUUUUCCAUUUUUGUUCAUCUAAAGACAAGAACAAGGUGUCUUAUGAGACCAGAGUCAUAGAUGUGUUUCAAGAGGGAAAUUUGUAUGGUUAUCUCUGUGUGAUCAAAGUAGAGCCAUUCUGCUGUGCAGUGUUCUCAGAGGCUCCCAUUUCAUGGAUGGUAGACAAGGAGAAAGGUGUCUACACACUGAACACCGAGGAAUGGGUACGCAUGAUGGUGGAUGUUGGCCCAGAGGCAGCUUCCAAUGAUCUAUCUAGAGAUUUUGAAUGUCAGCUGAGUCUAUCCGACAGCCCUCCACACUGCAGACCAGUGUAUUCUAAAAAGGGACUGGAACAUAAAGUCGACCUGCAGCAGCGUUUAUUUCAAGUGUCACCAGACUGUUUAAAGUAUACUCCUGAAUCUCUCUGGAGUGAGCUGUGUUCCCAGCAUGAGAGACUAGAGGAUUUAGUAAAGCAGCAAAUACGUUCUUUCUCCUGUGGUUUGCUGAUCCUCUCUAGAAGCUGGGCUGUGGACCUGAACCUGGAAGAGAAGCAGGAAGUCAUCUGUGAUGCUCUGCUGAUUGCACAGAAUAGCCCCCCCAUCCUCUACACCAUCCUUGGGGAGCAGGAUGAGCAGGGUCAGGACUACUGCACCCGCACUGCCUUUACUCUGAAGCAGAAGCUGGUGAACACUGGUGGCUACACUGGGAGAGUGUGUGUCAUGACCAAGGUUCUCUGCCUGAGCUCUCAGAACAAUAACAAGACCAGUGGGGGCUCAGUCUCUCCUAUUGAUUACCCAAGCUCCUAUAACCUUGCAAACAUCCAGGAAAUGCAGGGCUUGCUGCAGGCCCUUGUGAUUGUCUUGCUCAACUUCAGAUCUUUCUUGAGUGACCAGCUUGGCUGUGAAGUUUUGAAUCUUCUCACAGCCCAACAGUAUGAGAUACUCUCAAAAAGUCUCCGCAAAACCAGAGAACUAUUUGUGCAUGGCUUGCCGGGCUCAGGGAAGACAAUCAUAGCCAUGAAAAUCAUGGAAAAGAUCAGAAACACAUUCCACUGUGAAACAGAUAGAAUCCUCUACAUCUGUGAAAAUCAGCCAUUGAGGGACUUCAUCCAGGCAAAAAAUAUCUGCCAGGCAGUGACCCGGAAAACCUUCAUGAAUUAUAAAUUUAAGACAGAGAGGUUCCAACACAUCAUUAUUGAUGAAGCCCAGAAUUUCCGCACUGAGGAUGGAAACUGGUAUGAGAAGGCAAAAGGAAUCACUCGAGGAAUGAAAAACUGUCCUGGAAUUCUCUGGAUCUUUCUGGACUAUUUUCAGACCAGUCACUUGCAGGAGAGUGGCCUCCCAGAUUUCUCACUCCAGUAUCCAAAGGAAGAGCUCACACAAGUGGUACGCAAUGCAGAUAAAAUAGCUGAGUUCCUACAACAAGAGUUGCAAAAAAUCAGAGAUAACCCUCCAUGCAGCAUUCCUCAAGAGUCCCUAAAUAUUCUCCAUGAAUUUAAGUGGUCCCAAGGUGUAUCAGGCACCUAUGAGAUUACAUACUUGACUUUGGAAAAGAUGGUAAGCUAUAUAACAGAUAAGUGUGAUGUUUUCUUGAGUAAAGGCUAUUCUCCCCAAGAUAUUGCAGUGCUUUUCAGCACAGAUAGGGAGAAGAAAGCCUAUGAGCAUAUGUUCCUGAGAGAAAUGAGGAAGAGGAGGAGAGCAUCUCACAUGAAUGACGAGUCUGUCUGUCAUUCUAACAUGUUUGACAGCAUCCGUCGAUUCUCAGGACUGGAAAGAAGCAUUGUGUUUGGUAUCAAUCCCAUUGCAACUGAGCAGCCCAUUUCCCACAACCUAUUGCUCUGCCUGGCUUCCAGAGCAAUGAAACAUCUGUAUAUUCUGUAUCUUUCAACUCCUGAGGGGCAGAGCUCAAUGGUGGCAUGCUGAAUGGGAUAUAUGAGACCCUAAGUUCAAUCCCUGAUGAUGAGAAAGUUAAAUCGAGUUGAGGUCCUUCGGGACAAGAAGAAAGAUAAAGAUAUAACAAAACCUUGUUCUGUAGUUUUGACAAAUGUAGGAAAAAAUUACCAAUGUGUAUAUCGUAACUAACUGAGGCUGAAAACAAAGCUGGAGAGAAGACUGGCAAGGCAAUGUACACAUGACAUAGGCUAUGGGAACGUUGAGACCAUAAGGACUGAAACCAGAGAUGAAGACAACUCAAUACAGUAAGUCAUAUCCAAUUCUUAAAACAGACUUCCAUUUUAAAUUGGUUAAUACAUUUAUGAAAAUAUUGUAUAAGGAUAAAGAUAAAGACUAAAAACAUAAUAUUAAGUAGCACUGGGGUCUGCGCCUGGAGCUGAUUUUGUGCCACAGCGCUCCAAUCCCUAAAUACCACUGGGAAAGAACUGGCCUCCCACAAGUGUGGACAAGCCUGUGAGCGCAGGUAAGUCCACCACUUCUGCUCAGAGGUACACACCUGGAACUCUCAGAACACAGGAACCAAAUCACAUGAGGCAACAGCAAGAACACAAGCAACAGAUACCAAGGCCACUUGGCAUCAUCAGAACCCAGUUCUCCCUCCACAGCGAGCUAUCAUGGGUACCCCACACACCAGAAAAGCAAGACUCUGAUUUAAAAUCAGAUUUCAUGAUGAUGAUAGACUUUAAGAAGGACAUAAGUAACUCCCUUAAAGAAAUACAGGAGAACACAGGUAUACAGGUAGAAGCCCUUAAAGAGGAAACAUAAAAUUCCCUUAAAGAAUUGCAGGAAAACACAACCAAACAGGUGAAGGAAUUGAACAAAACCAUCCAGAAUCUAAAAAUGGAAAUAGAAACAAUAAAGAAAUCACAAAGGGAGACAACUCUGGAGAUAAAAAACCUAGGAAAGAGAUCAGGAGUCAUAGAUGCAAGCAUCACCAACAGAAUACUAGAGAGAGAAGAGAAUCUCAGGUACCGAAGAUAACAUAGAAAACAUCCAGUGGAAAAAAGACAGAAUUUCCAACAAACAGUACUGGUCAACUGGCAGUGAACAUGUAGAAGAAUGCAAAUUGAUCCAUUCUUAUCUCCCUGUACAAAUCUCAAGUCCAAGUGGAUCAAGGACUUCCACAUCAAACCAGACACACUGAAACUAAUAGAAGAGAAGGUGGGGGAAAAUCUCGAACACAUGGGCACAGGGAAAAAGUUCCUGAACAAAAUACCAAUGGCUUAUGCUCUAAAGUCAAGAAUCAACAAAUGGGACCUCAUAAAAUUACAAAGCUUCUGUAAGGCAGAGGACACUGUCAAAAGGACAAAACGACAAUCAACAGAUUAGGAAAACAUCUUUACCAAUCUCACAUCCAAUUGAGGGGUAAUAUCCAAUAUAUACAAAUAACUCAAGAAGUUAGACUCCAGCAAACCAAAUAACCCUAUUAAAAAAUGGGGAACAGAGCUAAAUUAAGAAUUCUCAACUGAGGAAACUGGAAGGGCUCAGAAACACCUAAAGAAAUGUUCAACAUCCUUAGUCAUCAGGGAAAUGCAAAUCAAAACAUCCCUGAGAUUCCACCUCACACCAGUGAGAAUGUCUAAGAUCAAAAACUCAGGUGACAGCAGAUGCUGCCGUGAGGAUGUGGAGAAAGGAAUACUACUCCAUUGCUGGUGAGAUUGCAAACUGGUACAACCACUCUGGAAAUCAGUCUGGUGGUUCCUCAGAAAACUGUACAUAGUACUACUUAAGGACCAGUUAUACCACUCCUAGGGAUAUACCCAGAAGAUGCUCCAAAAUGUAAUAAGGACACAUGCUCCACUAUAUUCAUAGCAGCCAUAUUUUUAAUAGUCAGAAGCUGGAAAGAACCCAAAUUUUCCUCAACAAAGGAAUGGAUACAGAAAAUGUGGUACAUUUACACAGUGGAAUACUAUUCAGCUAUUUAAAACAAUCACUUCAUUAAAUUUGCAAGCAAAUGGAUGGAACUUGAAAAUAUCAUCUUGAGUAAGAUAACUCAGACACAAAAGAACACACGGUAUUACUAACUGGUUAGUGGAUAUUAGCCCAAAAGUCAGAAUAUCCAAAAUUUCAAUUCACAGACCAUAUGAAGCCUAAGAAGAAGCAAGGCCAAACUGUGGAUGGUUCAGUAUUUCUUAGAAGGGUGAACCUAUUACUUACAGGAGAAACUAUGAAGACAAAGUAGGGAACAGAGACUGAAGGAAAAGCCAUCCCGGGACUGCCCCACCUGGGAAUCCAUCCCAUAUACAGCCACCAAACCCAGAUGAUAUUGUGGAUGCCAGAAAGUGCUUACUGAUGGAAGCCUGAUAUGGCUGUCUCCUGAGAGGCUCUGCCAGAGCCUGACAAAUACAGAGGAGGAAGAUUGGAGCCAACCAUUGGACUGAGCAAGGAGGAGUUUUAGAAGGGACUGAAGGAGCUGAGGGGGUUUGCACCCCACGCAGGGAGCAACAAUGUCAACAGGCCCCCAGAGUGCCUGAGGACUGGACCACCAACCAAAGAAUACACAUGGAGGGACCCAGGGUGCAGGCCGCAUAUGUGGCAGAGGUUGGCCUUGUUGGACAUCAGGUAUGAAGAGAGGCCCUUGGGCCUGAGUGUGUUUGAAACCCCAUUGUUGGGGAAUGCCAGGGUGGCAAGAUGAGGCAGCACCCUCAGAGAGGCAGGGGGAGGGCAUAGGGGGUUUCUGAAUGGGACACCUGAAAAGGGGGAAACAUUUAAAAUGUAAAUAAAGAAAAUAUCCAAUAAAAAAGAAAGAAAACAUAUUUUUGAAUUUGUCUUUAAGGUAUAUGUUUAGAAGAGAGGUGGAGAAACUGACUCAAGUGUGUUUAAUUCUCAACAAUGUAAUUUGAUAUUUUGCUUUUUUUUUUUAUAUAGAUAGAUUGUCUUAUAGCUCAGGCUGGUCUCAUACUCACUACGAAGUUGAGGUUGUCCUCGAAUGCUUGACCUUCUUACUUUUACCUCCUAAUUUCUAGGCGUAUAGACCUUAUAGACCUUCAUAAAACCCUCAAAAACCUCAACUAUUUUUUAAAAAAAAAUGUUUUUACUAACCUGAAAUCAUUGCUUUGUCCUUUUGACUCUAAAGGUUCAUUACCAGUUUUCAGAAAGAAUAGCCUGAAAACAUUCUGUUUCAAAGUCAUGAUGGAUAACUUUGCUUCAUACACCAGCUGGUAUGAGGCCCUCAACACACAUACAGUAGAGGACUUCCAGGUCUAUGUUCAUUCAGAGAUGAUGCAUCUAACCCUCAAGAGACUGGAGGCCUCCAGGGAGUUUAGAGAUCAGAUGGGGUGGAGGGUAGGGACAUCCAUGUGGAGACGGGAUAUGGUGGGGAGGGGGUGUGGAAUGUGGUUGGAGGAUGAGAGUGGAGGGGCAUGGAAUGGAAUAUGGAGUAUAAAAAUGAAUUACAAAUAAAAUUCAAUUUUAAAAAGUAUCUUAAAAGAAAAAUAAAAGCAGGACUGGAUAGUGUGGUUCUUUCCACCUAAGUUCCAGCUUUCUCUUGGAGGAAAAGAGAUUUCUCUUGGAGAUUAAGAGGCCAAUGGAAGGUGAGAGUGCACUUGAAUUCAGCAAUGUCCUUGCAGCUCUGUUCUUUGUACCACUCGGGGUUUAAAGGAAGGAGGAGGAGGAGGAGGAGGAGGAGCCAUUCUUAGUUCUCUCUGUCCUUGUGAUUGUGGGUUAAGAUGUAAGCACUCAGCUACUGCUGCAGCAUUGUUAGUCCCACUGAGCAAGAAUAAGAUCACUAUCACAGUUUUAAAGGCAAGUUUGAAGUAAGCUUUAUUAAAUAUGGCCAGGUCCAUACCUGGGAUUCCCAGAGAAUAACCCUAAAUUACAUUAGUCAGGGGCUUAUAAAGGCAAAACUCACGAGGCUACAUACCUCCCACCUUUGCCAGUCAGAGGCAAGCAUACAUCCUAACAUGGUUCCUGCCUAUAUGUCUCCUGCCUACAUACCUCCUGUCUGUGUGUGAUCAAGCACAUAUCUUACACAAUAAGCGCAACCAUGCUUGUGUGAAGAAGGAAAAACACUAGGCUUGUUAUCUUUCAUGAGCAGCCCCCAGAAUUCCAGGAAAUGAUCUGUUCUUGGACAAGUGGCACUUACUGGUUAGAAACAUUUUUGUUUAAAGAUUUCUUAAGCACAGUAAUUUAAACAUAAAACAUAAUGUUAGCCAUCACACACACACACACACACACGUUAUAUCCUGUGUCAAAUCCUUGACUCUAUGGUGAGAACCUGUUCAUAUUGGGAUCUAAAAACCAUCAGCUUCAUGACACCCAGAUGUGUAUUUCUGUAUCUAGUUAAUGAAUUAAUGAUGCAAGGGCCAACAGUAACUAGAAGAAACAGAAGGACUAAAGACAUCAAAGUUACUAUCUAGGAAGAGCUUGAAAAAGAGAAUAGGAACCAGUCAUUUAUUUCCUCUCAGGUCCCUUUUUAACAAUGUGUUGUGUUUUGUUUUGUACAGUCAGAUUAUCUCCAAUGAUUACUGAGUGGUUUUCAUAAAAACAUUUUCUUUUCUUAAAGCUACAAAAUAGCCCCCUUCUUUUACAGAGUAGGUUGGGUGUUCUGUCAAAUAGAACUAUUUCAGCUAAUGAAUCUACCUAUUUGGUAGAUCUGGGUCUAUUUGAUUUUAAGAGGCAUCUUUCCUGGUAUGCCAACAGACACUUUAGGUCGUCAUUUUGUCCCCUAUAACAGGGACUUUCCAUUUGACCUAACAUUCAUCCUUUUGUUGAGAAUAAGGAAUAAAGUAUUUUCUUCUGUAACUACUUCCUGCUGAAAUGUCCAAGAUCCCAUGGGACCUUGACACCCAGGUACUGAGAAGGGACAUAUCAGAUGAACCAGAAACUGAUGACUUCUGGUAAUUAACUCUCUCUUGCUAUUCUGAGACCAAAGGCUGCCAGCUUCUGGCAUUAACACACUCCUUUAAUAUUUUGAGGGCCAAAGCUUCUGGCAAUUGACUCCUGCUGCUAGCAGCAGGGGAUUUAUAAAAGAAAUUUGGUUACUUUGGGCUCUUUAUUCUUUUAACUCAGGGUGGUGGGGUAGGGGUCUGCUUGCUGGCCAGGGAGAGCCCUAGAGUUCAUUAACUCUUCAUGAGCCAGAGAGAAAGGGAAAGUCAGGCACACGCACAUGCACACUGGAUGAAGGAAAAGGGGAUUCUUUGCCACUUUAUUUGUGUUCUUAGCUUUCAUUCUUUCUCAGACAAAAAUUACCUCAUAGCAAUUACCAAGUAGAAACAUUACAGCAGGGUCAUUGGUUACAUGGCUUAUGUUUACAUCACAUAAUUUCAUAGUGAGUGUAAGGCAAUAGUUCACAUCAUAGGUGGAUACGGUUUAAGGAGUUACAGCAGAAUUAUUUACAUGUCUUUCCUUUAAGCCUAGUACCUGACGAAACAUCCCUUAGCUAUUUUCUAGCUCCGUAAGUUCCUUAUAAGUUUAAAGCUUUUAUGGCACAAGUUAGCAAGGUUUUGUCAAGAGAGAAACCAUCUGCCUUGUGAGUUAUUUUGAAGUCUUGUAUAGAUAAACUAGUCAGUUAUUUACUUUCUGUCCUUAUACCUACCAUAAGUUUCUCAUUCCCAGUUUAUGACCUUUAGUUACUGAGAUUAGUAGCCUCGGUCCUAACCUAGAAGGAAGGUUUUCCUUGAUCGUAAAUUUAUUCCAAGCCUAUUUGCUUUUCCUGGUGCAAUUAGCUUGUGACACAGAAUUCUAUUUGCAGCUUUUUAUUCUACAGGGGGGAGGGGGGCUUAAAAUUACUCAAAUCAAUUCAGUAGUUCUAUAAAGUCAUCAUCAUAAACUAUGAAAUCAUCGAUUCAUCUGAACAGCAUUAUUACAUGAAAGUACAUCUUCAGAUUGAUCUGCCGGAAAUUUGCCAAAGAGGGUGGGCUGAUAUUCAGGAUUCAGCGGGUUGUGUGACGGUGGUAGGAAAGGCAUAUCAACAUCGAGAAGCCAUCCUGGGAUGAAGCCUCUGGGAUCCAUGUCUCUCAGCUCUCACCCACUGCAGCCAUACAAAACAGUGGACCAUCUCCAGAAAAACUCCCUUGCUCGCCAUAGCCUUUCCUGCAUAGCUCUUGUCAAAUUAAAAUGCUGUCCAAAUGGAAUGUUAGUCAAAGGCUAGGAAGGGAUUCAGUCAAGGGGCAUUCGUGCAAUAGGGCAUUUAUGAGAAGCAGCUGGUUUGCUGACCCAGAUGAAGAGACUGGGAGCAAACAUAUUGACUGUCACAUCAGCUUCAGCAAAUCCAGGGCUUGCAGCUAUUUGGAAUAGUAUAUGCAGCUGAUUCCUGGAUGGCGUCUGUUAGCCAAUUCAAACUGCUGGGACAGAUAUAACUAGGGACAGAAGUUAAAGCUUAGGAAUUUAAAGGAAGUAUUACAUUUGGAACUCUGAGGCCCAUGGUACUGGUAGUUGGGAGAAGGGAAGAGUUCCAAAACCAGGAGAGAGAGAAAGAUCCUACCCUCCGGAGGCAUGGCUCCCACCCUUGAGGUCUGAGAAAAUCACAAAAUGUCCCUGGCAGUUGCAAAAUAGACACAGCAGCUGCAGCUGGCUGAUAACAACAGAGUGGGCUAAGAAAACCUAUGUUGUUCCCAGGUGAAGGUGGCCCUUUUGAAUGUAUGCUCCCUCCUUGUGGUUUUACCAGGUGCUGUAAACCAAUUAGCUUAAAGACCAACAUUCCUUUACCCUCUAAUGUAAUGCCAAGGCUUGGAAACCCCUGCUUGUGGUUUUUGUUGUUGUUAUUGUUGUUGUUUUUCCUUUAUAAACCCACUUCCCCUAGACCUCGGGUGCUCUCCUAUCCUGUUGCAUCAGGAAGAUUUGUGGCCUGCCCUCAAGCUUGAAUAAAGACUCUCAUGUGCUUGCUUGCA